AUGUCAGUCCAAACUGUUUCUAUUCAACCCUUCACUGACCAGAAGCCGGGAACUUCUGGUCUUCGCAAGAAGGUCAAGGUCUUCCAGCAGCCCCAUUACUCCGAAUCCUUCAUUACCAGCAUUCUGCUCUCAAUCCCCGAGGGUGUCAAGGACUCCUUCCUCGUCAUUGGUGGUGAUGGCCGUUACUACAACCCUGAGGUGAUCUCCAAAAUUGCCAAGAUCAGUGCCGCCUACGGUGUCAAGAAGCUCUUGGUAGGACAAAAUGGUAUUCUCAGCACACCUGCUGCUAGCAACCUGAUCCGCGUUCGCAAGGCCACUGGUGGUAUCUUGCUGACUGCCAGUCACAACCCUGGUGGUCCGGACAACGACUUUGGUAUCAAGUACAACUUGGCCAAUGGUGCCCCUGCCCCGGAAAGUGUUACCGACAAAAUCUACGAAACCUCCAAGUCCCUCGCCUCCUACAACUAUGUCGAAAUCCCUGAUGUCGACACCUCGAGCAUUGGCUCCAAGACCUACGGUCCCCUCGAGGUUGAGGUUGUCCACUCGACCGCCGACUACGUUACCAUGAUGAAGGAGAUCUUCGACUUCGAUCUGAUCAAGGAUUUCCUCAGCUCCCACAAGGACUUCAAGGUGCUCUUCGAUGGUAUGCACGGUGUGACCGGUCCCUAUGGCGUAGACAUCUUCGUCAAGGAGCUUGGCCUGCCAGCCAGCAGCACCAUGAACUGCGAGCCUAAGCCAGACUUCGGCGGUGGUCACCCAGACCCUAACCUCGUGUAUGCGCACGAGCUUGUUGAGGCCGUUGACAAGAACGGUGUGCACUUCGGUGCCGCCAGUGACGGUGACGGUGACCGCAACAUGAUCUACGGCGCCAACACCUUCGUCUCUCCCGGUGACAGCUUGGCCAUCAUUGCCCACCACGCCAAGCUGAUCCCCUGGUUCAAGAAACAGGGUGUUUACGGACUUGCUCGUUCCAUGCCCACCUCCGGUGCCGUUGACCGUGUCGCCCAGGCCCAGGGUCUCCAAAGCUAUGAGGUUCCCACUGGCUGGAAGUUCUUCUGCAACCUGUUUGACAACAAGAAGAUUUCCAUCUGUGGCGAGGAGAGUUUCGGUACUGGUAGCAAUCACAUCCGUGAGAAGGAUGGUGUCUGGGCUGUCGUUGCCUGGUUGAACAUCAUCGCUGGUGUAUCCAAGGAGAAGCCCGAGGAGACUCCCAGCAUCGCUUCCAUCCAGAACGACUUCUGGAAGACAUAUGGCCGCACAUUCUUCACUCGUUUCGACUACGAGAACGUUGACAGCGACGGCGCCAACAAGGUCGUCGCCACUUUGGCCGAUGUCGUUGCGCAGAACACCCCAGCUGGCGCUGGCGCUGCCAUUGAGGGCCGCAAGGUUACCGACGCUGGUAACUUCUCCUACACCGAUCUUGAUGGCAGUGUUUCCAAGAACCAGGGUCUUUACGUCAAGUUCGACGAUGGCAGCCGUAUCGUUGUCCGUCUGUCUGGUACUGGCAGCAGCGGUGCUACUAUCCGUCUGUACAUUGAGCGUUAUGAGAGCGAUAACUCCAAGUUCGGUCUGAGUGCCCAGGAAUACUUGGGCGAGAACAUCGCUUUGGCUUUGAAGCUUCUCAAGUUCAAGGAGUAUGUCGGACGCGAGGAGCCUGAUGUCAAGACCUAA